AUGUAUAAAGAAAUCGAGAGGAAGGAGUUAUUUAUGAACACAAACAAGUGCUUUAUAAAAGGGAAAACAGCACCCAAUAAAAACAGCAGGAAAACACGUCUAACUAGUCACCAACAAGGAGAAGGAACUGCAACUGGAAUACCUGAAUAUAAAGGUAAGAUAGGGGAGGACAUGCAUUUUAGAAUACAGCAGAAGGCGGAGAAAGCCUCAGCAUCAGAAACAGGGAAAGGGUACGAUUAUAUGGGAAACCGCAGCAUCAGGACUCCAAGAACAACAAGAAGGGGAAACAGCCGAGACUAUGAACAGACCGCAAGAGAUUCGGCAAAUACACCCAGGGAAAGACUACAGAACCAACAGGACAGCCCAGGAAUAAGGGACAAAAGAGAACAUGGUUCCAACAAGAAGAAAGUGCUACGAAGGACUGGGAAAAGGAGGAAAACUCACCCCAGGACAACAAAGAAGGAAAGCAAGGGCCAAGUCAGACUGUGCAAAGAAGGACAAAUUUCAGGUAGUAUUAUGAGAGAAGACUGA